AUGGGUCUAUCGCAAUUUGAUCAUAUGGGUCGAAUCCAUAAGCAACAGUUGUUCGCAUCAACCUUAGCACUCUACAUACUCGCAAUCACUGCUGCUAUCAUUCGCUUCUACAUACGCAUUAGAAUUCAAAAACAGUUUGCUAUAGACGAUGCCCUUAUUAUAGUCGGCAUCCUCUGCAUUACAGCGUCUAUCGGCCUCCUUUUCAAUUACAUUGAUAACCUUUUUAUGGCCGAAGCCUUGAUACUGGGAACCUCUGAAAUAUACACCCAACUUCCCAAGGACUUUAUCCAGCGUGUUUAUGAUUAUUCGGAGCGUUCGACAAUAAGCCUGAUGUGUGCUUGGGGAGCAAUAGUGAGCGUCAAGUUUGGCUUUCUUUUCUUCUUCAAGAAAUUGAUUGAUAGAAUCAAGAGUAUGACUCGGUAUUGGUGGGUGGUCUUUGUGCUUAACUUGAUAAUUGCGGGAUAUGGAAUGGCGAUAUACAUUUUGGCUUGCCCGCAUUAUAACAAUCCCCAAGUUUUACAAUGUGGCCAAGGAGCUAAGGCGCAAGUUGUUAUCAACUAUGCAAUCUCUCAAAUGGUCCUGGAUAUCUUUUCAGACCUCAUCAUUCUCGUAAUCCCUGUCCGCUUGAUUUGGCAAAUCAAAAUUCGCUGGACACAGAAGAUUGCCCUCGGUUUCUCACUCUGCCUCACCAUUGGCAUGAUCGUUCUGACCGUUAUUCGUGUCUCUGGACUUCAUGUCGAGUCUACAUUUGACAGUGCAUGGGAAGUUUACUGGCUUAUUGUCGCUGGCGAAGUCGGUCUGAUUCUGACCACCGGCACUGCCUUCCGUGCUUUGUUUAUCUCUCGCAACCAGAAAGUAAUAGGACCCCAGCUCCCCUCCGACAGCAGCAAGAUUUUCAGUAGAACAAAAGAAUUAUUGCGGCUGAUCGCAACUCCCAAAAAGUGGCGAACGAGACGCACAAGCGAGACGAGCGGUGCUAUUGAUUCCGCAGGUGCACAUCAUGAAAUGCAUGGGAUGAUGGCACUGCCAGGAAUCGAGAGAGGUACAAUAACGGGUAUCAGAACCUUCAUCAACGGAAGGAGCAGCGCACUGAGGGUAAGCCAAGUCAUCAAAAGUCCCGUGGAACAGGAGGAAGAUGGAUGGCCUUUAAGUGAACAACAGCAGAGCAUCAAGGUCCAACAUGAGAUUUGGACCACGAGUGAAAGGGCUGGAAUGCAAGAGUCACAUCCACCCGUGACGGAUCGUGAUAUGGUUUAA